UGGAGUCCGGGCGCAGCUCAAACAUGGCGGCGGUUGGCACAGGGCGGUGAGGCGGUACCAGGUGGGGGCUGUCGGGUGUCAUGGGCGGUGGCGGCGGUACCGCCUCCGCGUCUCCCUGAGCUGGACCUCACGGGGGACUCUGCGCCUAGCUGGGCGAUGGAUGAGAGCAGCGAGCUGGGCGUUCUGGAGACCAUGGAGACCCUCACGGAGCUGGGCGAUGAGCUGACUCUCGGGGACAUCGACGAGAUGCUACAGUUUGUCAGCAAUCAAGUGGGAGAGUUCCCUGAUUUGUUUUCAGAGCAACUUUGUAGCUCCUUCCCUGGAGGUGGCAGCAAUGGUGGCAGUGGCAACAACAGCAGUGGCAGAGGCAACAGUGGUGGAGCCACAGACCCUGCAGUACAGCGGUCAUUCAGCCAGGUCCCAUUAUCUACCUUCUCUCCCUCAGCUGCCUCCCCUCAGGCUCCCGCCCUGCAGGUCAAAGUUUCUCCUACCCAACCAAGGGCAACCCCUGUUCUCCAGCCGCGACCCCAGCCCCAGCCCCAACCUCCAGCUCAGCUGCAGCAGCAGACGGUGAUGAUCACCCCGACAUUCAGCACCGCUCCGCAGACGAGGAUCAUCCAGCAGCCUCUGAUAUACCAGAACGCAGCGACCAGCUUUCAAGUCCUGCAGCCUCAAGUGCAAAGCCUCGUGACGUCCCCGCAGGUGCAGCCCGUCACCAUCCAGCAGCAGGUGCAGACGGUACAGGCCCAGCGGGUGUUGACACAGACAGCCAAUGGCACACUGCAGACCCUUGCCCCCGCCACAGUACAGACGGUCGCUGCGCCACAGGUGCAGCAGGUCCCGGUCCUGGUCCAACCUCAGAUCAUUAAGACAGAUUCCCUUGUUUUGACCACGCUGAAGACAGAUGGCAGCCCUGUCAUGGCUGCAGUCCAGAACCCGGCCCUCACUGCCCUCACCGCCCCCAUCCAGACAGCCGCCCUUCAAGUACCAACCCUGGUGGGCAGCAACGGGACCAUUCUGACCACCAUGCCUGUGAUGAUGGGGCAAGAGAAGGUUCCUAUCAAGCAAGUGCCUGGGGGCGUGAAGCAGCUGGAGCCUCCCAAAGAAGGAGAGAGGCGGACGACACACAAUAUCAUUGAGAAGCGCUACCGGUCCUCCAUCAACGACAAAAUCAUAGAGUUGAAGGACUUAGUCAUGGGGACAGAUGCCAAGAUGCACAAGUCUGGCGUUCUGAGGAAGGCCAUUGAUUACAUCAAAUAUCUGCAGCAGGUCAAUCACAAGCUGCGCCAGGAGAACAUGGUGCUGAAGCUGGCCAAUCAGAAAAACAAGCUCCUGAAGGGCAUCGACCUGGGCAGUCUGGUGGACAGUGAUGUGGACUUGAAAAUUGAUGACUUUAACCAGAAUGUCCUUCUGAUGUCUCCGCCGGCCUCCGACUCCGGGUCCCAGGCCGGCUUCUCUCCCUAUUCCAUUGAUUCUGAGCCGGGCAGCCCUCUGCUGGAUGACGCAAAGGUCAAGGAUGAACCGGACUCCCCUCCUGUGGCACUGGGCAUGGUGGACCGAUCUCGAAUCCUCUUAUGUGUCCUCACCUUCCUGGGCCUCUCCUUUAACCCCUUGACUGCCUUGCUGCAGUGGGGAGGGGCCCACAACACUGACCAGCACCCAUACUCAGGCUCGGGCCGCAGUGUACUGUCACUGGAGUCAGGUGCUGGGGGCUGGUUUGACUGGAUGGUUCCAACUCUCCUCCUGUGGCUGGUAAAUGGUGUGAUUGUCUUGAGCGUCUUUGUGAAGCUGUUGGUCCACGGGGAGCCAGUGAUCCGCCCACACUCACGCCCCUCAGUCACCUUCUGGAGACAUCGGAAGCAGGCAGACCUAGACCUCGCCAAAGGCGAUUUCGCAGCUGCUGCUGCCAACCUACAAACCUGCUUAUCCGUGCUGGGCCGGGCGCUGCCCACCUCCCGCCUGGACUUGGCCUGCAGCCUCUCCUGGAAUGUGAUCCGCUACAGCCUGCAGAAGCUGCGCCUGGUACGCUGGUUACUCAAAAAGGUCUUCCAGCGCUGGCGGGCUACCCCCGCCACUGCAGCCGGCUUUGAGGAUGAGGCUAAGAGCAGCGCAAGGGAUGCGGCGCUGGCCUACCACAGGCUGCACCAGCUGCACAUCACAGGGAAGCUUCCUGCGGGAUCUGCCUGUUCAGAUGUGCACAUGGCUCUGUGUGCUGUGAACCUGGCCGAGUGUGCGGAGGAGAAAAUCCCACCAAGCACACUGAUUGAGAUCCACCUGACAGCGGCCAUGGGGCUCAAGACCCGCUGUGGAGGCAAGCUGGGCUUCUUGGCUAGCUACUUCUUAAAUCGUGCCCAGAGUCUGUGUGGCCCAGAGCAUAGCACUGUCCCUGACUCCCUGCGCUGGCUAUGCCAUCCCUUGGGCCAGAAGUUUUUCAUGGAGCGAAGCUGGUCGAUCAAGUCAGCAGCCAAGGAGAGCCUGUACUGCGCCCAGAGGAACCCAGCUGACCCCAUUGCCCAGGUGCACCAGGCUUUCUGCAAAAACCUGCUAGAAAGAGCGGUGGAGUCCUUGGUGAAACCUCAGGCCAAGAAGAAGGCAGGCGACCAGGAAGAAGAGAGCUGUGAAUUUUCCAGUGCUCUAGAGUAUUUGAAAUUACUUCAUUCCUUUGUGGACUCUGUGGGAUUUGUGGCCUCACCAUUCUCCAGCAGUUCCGUGCUCAGGUCGGCCCUUGGCCCCGAUGUCAUCUGUCGGUGGUGGACGUCCGCAGUCACCAUGGCCAUCAGCUGGCUCCAGGGAGACGAUGCAGCUGUGCGCUCUCGCUUUACUGAAGUAGAGCGGGUCCCCAAGGCCCUGGAAGUGACCGAGAGUCCCUUGGUGAAGGCCGUCUUCUAUACCUGUAGAGCCAUGCAUGCCUCCCUCUCUGGGAAAGCUGAUGGGCAGCAGAACUCCUUCUGUCACUGUGAGAGGGCCAGUGGUCACCUGUGGAGCAGUCUCAACGUCAGCGGCACUACUUCUGAUCCUUCACUUAACCAUGUGGUCCAGCUGUUCACCUGUGACCUGCUACUGUCGCUGAGGACAGCACUCUGGCAAAAGCAGGCCAGUGCCAGCCAGCUCCUGGGUGAGACCUACCAUGCAUCCGGCACUGAGCUGGCCGGCUUCCAGCGGGACCUGGGCAGCCUUCGAAGGCUGGCCCAUAGCUUCCGCCCAGCCUACCGCAAGGUGUUCCUGCAUGAAGCCACCGUGCGCCUGAUGGCAGGAGCCAGCCCUACCCGUACACACCAGCUGCUGGAGCAUAGCCUACGGCGGCGCCCCACUCAGAACACCAAGCAUGGAGAGGUAGACACCUGGCCUGGCCAACGAGAGCGAGCUACUGCCAUCCUGCUGGCCUGCCGCCAUCUUCCCCUCUCUUUCCUGUCUUCCCCGGGCCAGCGGGCAGUGCUGCUGGCUGAAGCUGCCCGCACCCUGGAGAAGGUGGGUGACCGCCGUUCCUGCAAUGACUGCCAGCAGAUGAUUGUCAAGCUGGGCGGUGGCACUGCCAUCGCUGCCUCCUGACCACCGUCUGGGGCCUGGUCCACUUCUUUCCACCUUUUUGUCUCUUUCUCCCAGGAUCUUCCCUCUGUCUCCCAGACUGUCUCCCCAUCUGUUUUUCUCCCUCCUCCCAGAGCUGUGAGGAUGAAGGCAAGACUGAUUGUUCUGAGCUGUUACCUGCCAAGGCUUUUGGAUCAUUUCGGGCCAGUAGGACCAUGGGCAGAGCUCCUUAACACUGCUGUGGUAAAUCCACGGUCCAAGCCCAGGCGGGCUGAGAAGAGAGAUGGCCUGAGCAGGAACGGAGCUCUCCUCAGUUGGAAGCAACGUGGGGCGCUGCGAGCCCCUCCCAGCCCUCUAGAGACUGUCUCCUUUCUGCCUCUGGUUUUCUUUGUUGUUACGUUUCCUUCCUGUUUUUGUUUUUAAUCAGGCUUUCUCUGGGAACUAGGUCUCUGCACCAGAGAGCAUUUCGCAUUCUGGACUUGAUAGACGCGCCCCUUUUUAUACAGAUGUUUUUAUAUGUGUGUGCUCAGGCCUGCCGAGAUGCAGGGCAAAGUUGCUGUAGCAUCUUUGUUCCUCUCCCUGGGUCUGCACUCCCUCCCCUGUGCCUGACUAAGCCUUGUUCAUUGUUCUUUCAUCCUUACAAGGGACAGCCAGGGAGGGAAGGAGCCCAGCCCUGGGGAGGUGGGUGGGAGGGAGGCAGGGGCAGGUCUAGGGAUGGGUGAAAAAUAAUGUCGGCAUUGUUUUUUAAUUUUUUUAAAAAAUAAAUGGUAUCUUAUUUAAUUGUCCUGUUCCUUCCCACUCCUCCACCCCCCCCCAGACGGCCGCCUGAGCUCAGGGUGGGCCCAUGGGGCUGGACAGGAUGAGGUCACCAUUGGGCCUGAGGGCCAGGGGUCUCCAGCAUGACUUGUUUGUUCUUCCUCCCCCACCCUCACUCCUACCUCCCAUAGAAGUGUAUUUUUAUCCCUAAUUCCUGUCUGAAUAAGCCCGGGUGGCAGACACUGGUCCCAAACCUUACCAGCAACCAGCCUCUCAUUUCAGGGUAGGCAGCAGGAGUCGGGUCUCUUGCCUUGAGAUGGGGGGGGGGUCCUAGGAAGAAGAAUGCUCUGACCCUGCUUCUGCAGACUGCUUGGCUCAGGGCUUUCUGAGAGACUUGAGAGGAACUGUCCCUCCUCGCUUCUCCUCAUCCCUUCAAGCUGGUUGAAGUGAGUAGGCAGGGGUGGGGCCCUGAGGUGCUUCAACCCCACCUACUCUGCCUUCCGCCUCUCCCCAACCAUCACUGUAAUUUAUGGCCCCUGCCGUGGGGCAGCCUAGCCCUUGUGUCUGUGUAUAUACUGUGCCUUUUCUCCUUGUCGAGGGGUGGGAGGGGUUGGUUUUUCACUGAACAGGGGAUACACCUAUGUCUCCAUCGAUGUUGAAACAUUCACCAUGUGCUGGACAUAGGUUUUCAAUAAACACAGAUUGGUACCACCUAA